GAUUUGCGGGUGUAAUUAGGGAGGGCCGGGGGAUGCUGGGUGCGAGCCGCGCUGGCCGCCUCCCCUGGUAUAAAUAGUCAAGCCCUGCAUCCGUCUUUCUUUUUCAGUUACCUGGCUAGGGGCAGCAACAGCAGCUUUUGUGAACCAGUAACACCGUGUUUCAGAAACUUAAGCAACAAUGGGAAAGGACAAGUUCCACAUCAACAUCGUGGUCAUUGGCCAUGUCGACUCCGGCAAGUCGACCACCACCGGCCACUUGAUCUACAAGUGCGGAGGCAUUGACAAGAGAACCAUCGAGAAGUUCGAGAAGGAAGCCGCUGAGAUGGGAAAGGGCUCCUUCAAGUACGCCUGGGUGCUGGACAAACUGAAGGCAGAGCGUGAGCGUGGUAUCACCAUUGACAUCGCCCUGUGGAAGUUUGAGUCUGGAAAGUAUUACGUCACCAUCAUCGAUGCCCCCGGACACAGGGAUUUCAUCAAGAACAUGAUCACUGGAACUUCCCAGGCUGACUGCGCCGUGCUGAUCGUUGCCGGUGGUGUUGGUGAGUUUGAGGCCGGUAUCUCUAGCAACGGCCAGACCCGCGAGCACGCCCUCCUGGCCUUCACCCUGGGAGUGAAGCAGCUCAUCGUUGGCAUCAACAAGAUGGACAACACCGAGCCCCCCUACAGCCAGUCCCGUUACGAGGAGAUCACCAAGGAGGUCAGCCAGUACAUCAAGAAGAUCGGCUACAACCCCGCCGCUGUGCCCUUCGUGCCCAUCUCCGGAUGGCACGGGGACAACAUGCUGGAGGCCAGCUCCAAGAUGGCCUGGUUCAAGGGAUGGAAGGUGGAGCGCAAGGACGGAAACGCCAGCGGGACCACCCUGCUGGAGGCCCUGGACGCCAUCCUGCCCCCUAGCCGCCCCACCGACAAGGCCCUCCGCCUGCCCCUCCAGGACGUCUACAAGAUCGGCGGUAUUGGAACAGUACCCGUGGGCCGUGUUGAGACCGGUAUCCUCAAGCCCAACAUGGUCGUCACCUUCGCCCCCGCCAACGUCACCACUGAGGUGAAGUCCGUUGAGAUGCACCACGAGUCUCUGACCGAGGCUCUCCCCGGUGACAACGUCGGCUUCAACGUCAAGAACGUCUCCAUCAAGGACAUCCGUCGUGGCAACGUCGCUGGAGACAGCAAGAACGACCCCCCCAUGCAGGCCGACUCCUUCAACGCCCAGGUCAUCAUCCUGAACCACCCUGGCACCAUCUCCCAGGGCUAUGCCCCAGUCCUGGAUUGCCACACCGCUCACAUCGCCUGCAAGUUCAACGAGCUCAAGGAGAAGAUCGAUCGUCGUUCCGGCAAGAAGAUUGAGGAUCUGCCCAAGAGCGUGAAGAGCGGAGACGCCGCCAUCGUCAACAUGAUCCCAAGCAAGCCCAUGUGUGUGGAGAGCUUCCAGUCGUACCCUCCCCUCGGUCGCUUCGCCGUCCGUGACAUGAGGCAGACCGUUGCCGUCGGUGUGAUCAAGAGCGUCGACAAGAAGAUCGGUGGCUCUGCCAAGGUCACCAAGUCGGCCAAGGUGGCCACCAAGAAAUGAAUUUUCGGCCCCAGCGGCGACCCUCAGGAGGCGGCCUCUGCAAUCCAUCGGCUGGCGGAGGAGACGCACAACUACCUGAGCGCUCUAUUAAAGGACUGGUUAAUGCGCAUCAAAACGCAUCGUAAAAGUUUUCGAAGGAAAGGAACCAACUCGGAGUAACUUAAGAAUAUGGCAUGGUCUCUGUACUUUAAACAUUAGAUGACGGUGCCUCUUUUCAGUUGAAUUUAAGUUUUGAAUUGUUUAGAACUGUACCUGGAUAUCGAAUUGGAAAGGACGCUGCUGGUUAAUAAAGUUCUACAAAAAUUA